AUGACGGCUCUCACUACUGAUGUUACCAAUCUGUGGAAAUGGUUGAUAAAGGUGUCAUUUAUUGGCAGAAUAUCAGAGGUUUUGUUCCAGCUCAAAGACCUCAAAGAGGUGUUUCGCAAGGAGAGUGUUUCAGCCUCAUCCACUCAUGAACCAUCUCACACCAAGUCUCCACUAAACCACUCGUCAACCGCAUUAGUCAACAAAGCGCAGAGCAAAGGCCUGCUGAAUCCUUGUCCUAGGAGUCUCACCUGCGUGCUCAUCAGCCCUGGCCACAUCUUAAGUACAAGCCAAGAACUCACUCAAAUGGAAUGCUCCAUCUUAAACAACUAAACUGACCAAGUUCUAUUGAACAUGCUGUCGCAAAAACAGACACAUUUC